AUGUCUAAUUGGGAAAAUGUAAAGCCAAAGAUUUACGUACCAAACUAUUGGAUAUCAAAAACCUGUACUCAGUUGUCAGCACAAGACUUUUGCCAGCAUUUGUUGCAAGCGAAUCCAUCUUAUAACAAGAGAAGUGCUAUGGGUUUGUUUUCAGAGGAUUUAGAUGUUAUUCGAGUUCAACUCGCUCAUCACAAGCUCAUUUCCUCAAGAGUAAAAGCUCUUGUAAAACAAUUAUCAAAGAAAGACGAAUUACUAAAUCAAUUAAGGGGAGAAUAUUCAACUGACAUCAAAUCAAUCUCCCUCAAAAGAAAGUAUAAUGUCUCUGUUCAGCAAGAUGCAAUAAAAAAAAGCCUAGGCGAAGAGCUUGGUAACAGUAGACAGACAGAGGAUGAUGUUGCUCCGCAAGAAGUUGAGAAUUAGGCUGAUUAACUUUGUUCGUAUCUUUCUCAAAAAUGUUUUACCUCGGAUCUUCCUUAA